GCGCUCACAAAUACCAAACCUCCACAAGCACAAGCCCUCGAGAUUCCAGGAGAAGCUCGACUAGCAUUUCAACAGCACGGCCUCAACUUCGAACAUCAACACCGGCUCUUACCCCGCUAACUACCAGCACACAACCCCAACUCCAAUCCCAACCUCUACCAACAAUGAAGUCUCAAUUCCUCGGCCUCCUCCUCGCUUUCCUCCUCGCCGCCGCCGCCUCUCCAAGCGUCUCCGCCGCCCCCGUCGGUCUCACCGAGUCCGACCUUGCGCAGCUUGCGCAGUACGCCCAGCAGCUGGCACCGCGAGACUUGGCCGAUGCAGUCGAUGUCGAUGCUCGCGCUAGUGGUGGAAGGGCAAUGAACAAGGAGCAGUGGGCGCACUACAAAGGUGCUAUGCUUGAGAAGCUGGACGCUCAUCCCAACCAUCACCACAAGCGGGAGGUUGAGGAAGCUGCUUUCGAAGACGAGCGAGACCUCGAGGACUUUGAGGAGCGAGACCUUCCAGACUUCGACGAGCGCGAUCUCGAAGACCUUGCCAACUUGAUCAACGCCCGAGCCAGCGGCGGUCGAGCUAUGAACAAGGAACAAUGGGCGCACUACAAGGAUGCCAUGCUCGAGAAGCUCAACGCUCAUCCCAAUCACAAGCGAGAGGUAGAGGACGCCGACUUUGAGGAGCGCGACCUUCCAGACUUCGACGAGCGCGACCUUGAGGACUUCGAUGAGCGGGACCUCGAAGACCUCGUCAACUUGGUCAACGCUCGAGCUAGUGGCGGCAGGGCCAUGAACAAGGAGCAGUGGGCUCACUACAAGGGCGCCAUGCUCGAGAAGCUUGAUGCUCACCCCAACCACAGGCGAGACUUUGACGAAGACGCAUUCGAGGAGCGAGAGUUCGACGAUGCCGAUGUCGAUGCUCGUGCCAGUGGCGGCCGGGCUAUGAACAAAGAGCAAUGGGCUCACUACAAGGAUGCUAUGCUUGAGAAGCUCAACGCCCACCCCAACCACAGGCGUGACGUCGAGGACGCCGACUUCGAGGAGCGAGACUUUGAGGACUUUGACGAGCGAGACUUCGAGGACCUCGUUGAUGCCCGAGCCAGUGACGGUAGGGCCAUGAACAAGGCACAAUGGGCGCAUUACAAGGACGCCAUGCUGAACAAGCUGGACGCUCACCCUAACCACAGGCGAGACUUCGAGGAGGCAGGAGACUUUGAGGAGCGAGACUUCCCGGAUGCCGACGUUGACGAGCGCGAUCUGGCUGAUGAUGAUGUUGAUGAGCGUGACUUUGUUGACUUCGAGGUCGAGGCUUAAGAGCACAUUCUUUUACCCUGGGCAAAUCAUUUCCCUCCAAUCUCAUAUGUUUCUCAACAUCGGCGUUUCCAGUGUGCAAUUCUUCGGUUUCCCUUCGUACCGAGGCAUUGAAAGGACCUUAGGAUGUGCUGGACACGUCCUCUGUCGGUAUUGUGCUCACCCCAUAGCACAAAGUACCCCUGCCUUUUGUGCUGUC